AUGGAAAUGAAAUCUGAAAGCAACAUAGAGAAAGAUGGUGGCUUAGGCUGGGGAAAAUCCUUACCAGUGCCCAGUGUGCAAGAGGUGGUCCAGAAUGACUCUCACACUAUUCCUCGCAGAUACAUCAGAGACCCCAAAGACAGACCAGUAUUGGAUGAGCUUUCUCCGACUUCUGCAGAAAUUCCCAUCAUAGAUUUCUCAUUGCUCGCCAAAAGAGACCAACAUGAACAACAAAAGCUCCAUUUCGCCUGCAAGGAUUGGGGUUUCUUCCAGAUAAUAAAUCAUGGGGUUGCAGAAGAGUUGAUGCAGAAGAUGAAGGAUGCAGGAACAGGAUUCUUUGAUCUGGAAAUGGAGGAAAAGCAGAAAUAUACAAUGGCAGAAAAUGACAUACAGGGAUAUGGGCAUGCCUUUGUGGUUUCGGAAGAUCAGAAAUUGGAUUGGGCUGAUCUCAUGUUUCUCGUGACCCACCCUCCUCAAUACAGAAACCUUAAAUACUGGCCACUCACAGUACCAGGUUUCAAGGAGACAGUGGAAGAAUACACAAUCGAAAUAAGUAGGGUAUGUGAAGAGAUAUUUGGGAAUCUCUCAGUAUUGAUGGGACUGAAAGAGGAAGGCCUCAAAGAGUUGCACCAAGAUAUCAAGCUAGCAAUGCGUAUCAACUAUUAUCCACCAUGCCCUAAACCUGACCUUGUUCUUGGUAUCAGUCCUCAUUCUGAUGGUGGCUCCAUAACCAUUCUUCUGCAAGAUGACCACAUUACUGCUCUUCAGAUUCAUCACCAUGGCCAUUGGAUUCCUGUCAAACCUCUUCCCGGUGCUCUCGUUGUUAACGUUGGCGAUGCUCUUGAGGUUUGGAGCAAUGGGAGGUACAAGAGUGUUGAGCACAGAGCGGUGACAAAUGAAAGCAGAGGAAGAAUGUCAAUAGCAAUGUUUGUGGCUCCACAUGAUGAGGCAGAAAUGGGUCCAUUGGAACCAAUGCUGCGUCAUGGUCCUGCCUUGUACACAACAAUUAAGUGCAUUGAUUAUGCCAGGCACUACUUGAGCAGGAAACUUGAUGGCAAAGCCCUUGACUUUCUUAAGAUUCACGCCAACUCCUAAAUACCAUCAAUUUGAAAAACA